AUGCCUUCUGCAGGCGAUGUGAUCUCGACAAUAGCGGGGGUGGGAAUGGCGGUCGGACCUCCGCUAGUCUAUGUGGACCAGGCCGUCAGUAUCAUCCGGAAGAAGGACUCCUCAGGAUUCUCGCAUGACGUCUGUGGCGUACUGCUCAUCGCCAAUAUCAUCCGGAUCUUCUUCUGGCUCGGCAAUCGCUUUGAAACCCCCCUCCUCGUUCAGUCCAUCCUCCUAAUCGUCUCACAGCUCCUCCUCCUCUCCAUCUGCCUGCACUACCGUCCCUCCCCCACCUCCCCUACUGCAGACUACGCUCCUCUCUCCCCCAUGCUCGACGCCCCAGAUUCAUCCUCCUCUCCCGACUACCCCUCACAUCAUCGCCCCUCCAGCCCGUCCGGCCAUGCACGUAUAGGCAACCUCCCCCGAUCGCGCAAAUCCCGGUUUACCGAGAUGUUCACCUCACGCCCAUUCGGGUUCUGGCAGUGGGCUGCGCUAGGCCAGUAUUUGGAGUUUUUGGCGGGGUUGAUUGUGGUUCUGGGGGUGUCGCAGGUCGUGUUUGGGCGGUGGAAGUGGUAUAUCGAUGCGCUGGGCUUCAUAGCGCUGUUCAUCGAGUCCACGUUGCCGAUCCCGCAAUUCAUUGCCAACUAUAAGCGGAAAACAUGCUAUGGUUUCCGAUCAUCCACCCUCGCCGGUUGGGUAUUUGGGGACAGCUUCAAGACUGUCUACUUCUUCAUCCGCAAUGCACCCCUUCAGUUCAAGGUCACCGCGAUCCUCACGGUAUGCUGGGACUGCGCCGUCCUUGCCCAACGAGUCAUCUACAAGGCCGAACCGCCAAUAUCGGCCCGAGGGGAAGAUGAGGAAGAAGCCAGGGGUCUGAGAUUAGGUGGUGCGGCACCUGGUUAA